GGUGACAGAGACUGAUGGACAAGGACCUGAUGUGUUUCUCCCUCCUCCUCCUCUUCCUCCUCCUUUUUCCCAUCUUGGGUGGUUCUUGUAAGCAACCUCCACUCGCUCUCCAAGCAUGAAUACUUAUGAAGCGCUGUGGUGAGAGGUGUAAUAUCAGGCCUGAGCUAUCACAGUUCUCCAGACGAGUUUAAAGGAGGAUUGCGGAGAAGAGAACUUCUGAGAGGGCCAAAGACCGCCACGAGACACACAAGACUACAUCUUAUUAACAGAUUUACUUAACUGACAUGGAGUCAAAAACUGAUGAUGGACCAGCUGCAUUGACCAGCGAAGAGCUGGCUGCUAUUGAGGAUGAAGAGGUUCUCAACAAGAUGCUGGACAAUGCCGCAGAUUUUGAAGAGAGACGAAAGAUUCGUUCUGCAUUAAGGGACCUGCUCAAGAAAAAGAGCGAUAAGCGGGAGCAGGAGCGAGGGUCGAGGCAGCAGGACCUGAGACAGCAGGGCCUGAGCAAAGGAGGGACAACGGGUGCAGCUGUUAGCAUAGGCAGAGCAUCCAUGAACCAGCAGCCAUCAACAAACAAACCAGCAGGCCAGACGUCUCCAUCAGCCUCCACUCCCUUCAACAGGACAGCAGGCAGUAAUACCAGUCCCUCUGCAGCCUCAGCCCAGAAAUGUCCCACUCCUGCAGCACCCAAUGCUAAAAACGUCAAACAGAUGCUUCUGGAUUGGUGCAGGGCCAAAACAGAGCCAUAUGAGGGGGUGGACAUCCAGAACUUCUCCUCAAGUUGGAAAGACGGCAUAGCCUUCUGUGCCUUGGUGCACCGGUUCUUCCCCGAUGCGUUCGAGUACUCUAUCCUCAACCCCAACAAGCCCAGGGAAAACUUCCAGCUGGCUUUCAGCACUGCAGAGAGGCUGGCAGGCUGCCCCCCUCUGCUGGACGCUGAUGAUUUAGUCCGGAUGAAAGAGCCCGACUGGAAGUGUGUGUACACAUACAUCCAGGAAUUCUACCGCUGCCUGGUGGAGAAGGGCCUGGUCAAAACCAAAAAGAGGCUGUAGACUCUUGAGAAGCCAGACACCAGCUCACAUGACUCAGUGUCAUAUCAGUUUGUACAGUUAAAACACACAGUAUCACAAGAUAAUGUCAAAAAGAUAUGCACUUUUUUCAACUCUUUACAUUUAGAUUUGCCAUGAGGGAAAAGGUUAAGUAUUUGAUGCGUCCAGCUGAUGCACCAUGUAAACGUGAAUGCACAGUGCCUAACCUAGUAUUUGUACUGGUUUGUGUGUUAGCAGGGACUUAUGGGUAUCUAUGUGCUCUCAGUGGACAGCUGGUGCUGAGGAUCAGUGCAUUCCACUGAGAUUACACAUCUGCAUUAAUCCCAGUCAGAGCCACGGAGAAUCUGGGAACAAAUUUUUGAGGGCCUGACUGUGUGAGUACUAAAGACACAUUUAAUAAAUAUCCUUUCUAUUAUUAUGUUGUUGUUAUCUAACUAAAACUGAUGGCUAAACUAAAUGCUACAGGAAAUAUAAAAUCAUUUUAUGCUGAAGCAUAAAUUAACAAUCAGGAAAGUACCAUAGAGGUUAGCAACAGAGACAGAAUCAUACUGAGCAACUGCUCAUGUUUUAUUUGAAACAUUUCAACCAAGACUUUGUUAUGACUGGUUUAGAUUUCUGUUGAAUGCGUGCAGGAGGUAUACAGUUAAAGGGACACUUCACCUAUUUUACACACAAAGUUCAGUUUACUACACGAGGAUACCUAUUGAAUUGAACCUUUUGAAAACAGUCAA